AUGUCGGAAACUGAGACGUUCGCUUUCCAGGCCGAGAUCAACCAGCUUCUCAGUCUUAUAAUCAACACCUUCUACAGCAACAAGGAGAUUUUCCUUCGUGAACUCAUUAGCAAUGCAUCUGAUGCUUUGGACAAGAUUCGAUUUGAGAGUUUGACAGACAAGAGCAAGCUUGAUGCUCAGCCAGAAUUGUUCAUCCACAUUAUUCCUGACAAGACCAGUAACACAUUGACUAUCAUUGACAGUGGAAUUGGCAUGACUAAGGCUGAUUUGGUGAACAACUUGGGUACAAUUGCAAGGUCUGGGACCAAGGAGUUCAUGGAAGCGCUGGCUGCAGGUGCUGAUGUGAGCAUGAUAGGACAGUUUGGUGUUGGUUUCUACUCUGCUUAUCUUGUAGCCGAGAAGGUUAUUGUUACCUCAAAGCACAAUGAUGAUGAGCAGUAUGUAUGGGAGUCCCAAGCUGGUGGGUCAUUCACUGUGACUAGGGAUACAGAUGGUGAGAAUCUUGGCAGGGGAACAAAGAUUACUUUGUAUCUCAAGGAAGAUCAGCUUGAGUAUCUUGAGGAACGCCGAUUGAAGGACUUGAUAAAGAAGCAUUCGGAAUUCAUCAGUUAUCCAAUUUCUCUUUGGAUCGAGAAGACUGUUGAGAAGGAGAUUUCUGAUGAUGAGGAUGAGGAAGAGAAAAAAGAAGAGGAGGGUAAAGUUGAAGAGCUCGAUGAAGAUAAGGAGGAGAAGAAAAAGAAGAAAAUUAAGGAGGUGUCUCAUGAGUGGUCUCUGGUGAACAAACAGAAGCCUAUCUGGAUGAGGAAACCUGAGGAGAUUACAAAAGAAGAAUAUGCUGCUUUCUAUAAGAGUCUUACCAAUGAUUGGGAAGAACAUUUGGCUGUUAAGCACUUUUCUGUUGAGGGUCAGUUGGAGUUUAAGGCUAUCCUCUUUAUCCCCAAGAGGGCACCUUUUGAUAUCUUUGACACAAGGAAGAAGCCAAACAAUAUUAAACUGUAUGUCCGCAGAGUCUUCAUCAUGGACAACUGUGAGGAGUUGAUUCCAGAAUAUCUUAGCUUUGUUAAAGGUAUCGUGGAUUCUGAGGACCUUCCUCUCAACAUUUCUAGGGAAAUGUUGCAGCAAAACAAGAUCCUUAAAGUCAUCCGGAAGAACUUGGUCAAGAAGUGCAUUGAGCUUUUCUUUGAAAUUGCCGAGAACAAGGAGGAUUAUAACAAGUUCUACGAAGCCUUCUCUAAGAACUUGAAAUUGGGCAUUCAUGAGGAUUCCCAGAAUAAGACAAAGCUAGCUGAAUUGCUGAGGUAUCACUCCUCAAAGAGUGGUGAUGAGAUGACUAGCCUCAAGGAUUAUGUUACCAGGAUGAAGGAAGGACAGAGUGACAUCUACUACAUUACUGGUGAAAGCAGGAAAGCUGUUGAGAAUUCCCCCUUCUUGGAGAGGCUUAAGAAGAAGGGAUAUGAGGUGCUUUUCAUGGUUGAUGCUAUUGAUGAAUAUGCUGUUGGCCAGCUUAAGGAAUUUGAGGGAAAGAAGUUGGUCUCUGCUACUAAAGAAGGCCUGAAACUUGAUGAGAGUGAAGAUGAGAAAAAAAGGAAGGAAGAGUUGAAGGAGAAAUUUGACGGUCUUUGCAAGGUGAUAAAGGAUGUGUUGGGUGACAAGGUGGAGAAGGUUGUGGUGUCUGAUCGUGUUGUUGAUUCUCCUUGCUGUCUUGUGACUGGUGAAUAUGGAUGGACAGCCAACAUGGAAAGAAUCAUGAAGGCACAGGCAUUGAGGGACAGCAGCAUGGCUGGAUACAUGUCUAGCAAGAAGACAAUGGAGAUUAACCCGGAGAAUCCCAUCAUGGAUGAGCUGAGGAAGCGAGCAGAUGCUGACAAGAAUGAUAAAUCUGUGAAGGAUCUCGUACUCUUGCUGUUUGAGACUGCUCUCCUAACUUCUGGGUUCAGCCUUGAUGAUCCCAACACUUUUGGUAACAGAAUUCACAGGAUGCUGAAGCUUGGACUGAGUAUUGACGAGGAUGCUGGUGAUGCAGAUGCUGACAUGCCACCCCUGGAGGAUGCUGAUGCUGAUGCUGAGGGCAGCAAGAUGGAAGAAGUUGACUAA